GUACGUGCUCAUCGGGCACAAUCACCUGUACAGCAAGAUCUACCGGUUCCCGUGCAUCGUUGCCAUGGCGAUCGCCGUCUGGAUCUUCAGCUUCGCUAUGAUGUUGCCGCCGCUGCUGGAGGUAUGGGGUCGGCUCGGCCUCGACGAGCGUACCUUCUCCUGCACGAUCCUGAAGAAGAACGGCAAGUCGCCCAAGAAGAUGCUCUUCGCAGUCGGCGUGCUCUUGCCGUGCUUGAUUAUCGUCACAUGCUACGCGCUCAUCUUUGUUAAGGUCCGCCGCAGUCGGCAGACCAUCCGUGGCCACAGCAUGCAUGGUGCGCGGACGUCAAUGAGCCCGUCCAAGCAGAGCGAGCAGCAGAAAAAUAACGCGCGGAAGGAAGAUAUGAGGCUGACCAAGAUGAUGCUCACCAUCUUUCUGGCGUUCUUGGCCUGCUUCUUCCCGCUGAUGUUGGUCAACGUGUUUGACGAUGAUGAUGUGCGCUACCCCAGCCUGCACGUAGUGGCGUCGGUGCUGGCCUGGAUGUCGGCCGUCAUCAACCCCUUCAUCUACGCCUUCUCGAACCGGCAGUACCGCUCUGCGUACCGCCGCCUGCUGUGCGGCUCGCCGCGGCCGCCCAGCUUCGCACAGCGCCGCCUCGCGCUCGGCCAGCAGCCGUACCUUCAUCACGGACGUGUUCCAGUACAACGUCAUCUCGGGCCGCAUUGUGCACAAGAACCAGCGGCGCGACGACAAGUGAACCGCCGCCGGGGUCACGGGGUGAGCGCGGGGUCAGAGUUCAGAGCACACGCCGCGCGUGCCCGGCUGGUACAAAGCUGCAGGGGCGCGGCCGCGGCGCCCGACUGUGAUAGGGGAGGCGACGCUGCGGCGCCGGCGGCACAGGCGCCCCUGAGCGCGUGUCUGGCGAUAGUCAGCUAUGGCGCGGCGCUGCGGGGAGGGAAGCAGCGCAGUCGGAGGUGCUGCGAGCUCGGCGGUGCCCGGCGCGUGGUGUGGGAGCGACGUGGGCGGUCCGCGGAAGGUGCUGUGUACAUGAUCUAGUGUUCGCGCUGUGUCUGGGAUGAUCGUCUCGGUUGAGUCGGGCCAGAGGCGUCGCCGGUACGCCAUCCAUUCGCACACGUCCACGCCUUUGAGGAUUCAGGAACUUGAUUUUAUCGUUUACGUGUUUUUGUUUACGAGAUGGAAAAGACGGGUUAUUUUACGGCUCUUCAACGGACUUCGAUUUGUCAAACCGUGUAGGCAUGCAUGUCACCAGCGCCAUCUAUUCAUGUUUGUAGUCCAGCGCCAUCUGCAACGGAUGGCGCGUCCCGACUUCACUUCAGAGACGUCGCGCUGGCUGCCCCGCGCCCUGCUGCUGUCGGUCCGCUAUCUUACUGGUGUAAGAUGACUAAAAUGCCAUGACUAUGGACCAGAACUCGAGAUUUGUUUAUGAAGCGCGUGCGCAAGGUCUAUGAACUAUUCCUUUUGCUUGGUCACUCGAACUCACAUGCUUGGAAAUAAACCGUGUUGGCAUAGAACCUUGAAAUGUUUUUACGAUUCUAUUGCUGUGCUGGUGCUGUAAAUACUGGUAGGAUUUUUUGUGCCGGCCGUCUUAUUUUUAAAGAUGGAAUAUGUGUGUGGGUGUAAGGCUAUAGCAGAUAGUUAAGUGUUUGCGAAAAAACAAAAACUACCAUGCUGCUACCCCAUUUUGUUGUUUUACAACCUUCCGCAGACUAUACGCAUGUAUAUAUGAGCGUCAUAGCGCGUGGAAACAUGUAUUGCCUGACUUGUGUUGGUAAUGUGUAGGUGCACUGAAUGUACUGGAGUAAGGCUAGCGAUACUCCCCGCUUGCUUGUCAGUGACAGUGCUGCGAGCCGGCUAAAACGUCAUGCCUCAUCUGCUGAGUCGACUCGAGGCAGGCGCCGAUUAACACCACUGAUAUGGCAUUUUCCGAACAGUGUCUACGAGCUGCUUAAUAUACUGAAAGGCGUGUUUUUACAGAGA